UGACGAAAUCCUCGCGGUGGGCCACUUCGCCCCAGGUGUGUGUAUAUAAGGCGAGCGACUCUCUCAUCUGCAUCAUACCUUCUUCGGCUCCUUUGCAAACAGCACCCGGCGCAACCAUGUCUGCUAAGCUCGUUCUCCUGGUCGCCCUCGCGGCUGUGGCCUCCGCCGCCCCCCGCCCCGACUCUCCUCCCGUCUACGGCGCUCCUCCUCCGACCUACAAGCAGCCAGGAAUGCCCUUCGAGUUCGCCUACGCCGUCCAGGAUGACUACUCAGGCAACAACUACGCCCAUCAGGAGACCAGCGACGGCCAAGUCACCUCCGGAUCCUACAGAGUGGCUCUUCCCGACGGCCGAACCGAGAUCGUGGAAUUCACCGCCGAUCACGACAACGGUUACGUCGCCAACGUCGCCUAUGAGGGAGAAGCCUCCUACCCCGCCCCUGCCCCCUCUUACCCCGCCCCCGCUCCCUCUUACCCUGCCCCACCACCCCCACCCACCUACGCCUAAACGCUCCACCUAAACGUAAGCGGAACCUGGACGGGACAACUCAGCGAUCGACCACAAAAUUCACACUCAAGUCAACCCCAAGCGAACGCCACUGCGUCUUGCCUCAACCUCCCGCACCCAACCUCACCAAGCACCCUU